GAGGAGCCCAGCUUUUAGGAAAAGGAGAAAUGUAAAAACAUUAAGAGAAGAGAGAGGAGGAGAAAGAGAGGUCUGAUUAAGCAGUAUGGCACUCAAAAAUAUUGUGAUCUUCGGCUCCACUGGCAUGACUGGUUUGGUGACACUAGCGCAAGCUGUGGAAGCAGGAUAUAACGUGACUGUGUUGGUCAGAGACCCCUCCCGGCUUCCAGCUGGUGUAAAACCUGCCAAGGUUGUGGUUGGGGAUGUGUUAAACAAAGCUGAUGUGUCAAAGGCCGUGGAAGGACAAAAUGCAGUGAUUGUUGUUCUGGGGACAAGGACUGACCUUGGUCCAACAACGAUGAUGUCGCAGGGCACACAGAAUAUUAUAGAUGCAAUGAAAGCAUGUGGUUUGCGUAAAGUGGUGGCAUGCAUGUCCUCAUUCCUAUUGUGGGAUAUCUCAAAGGUCCCACCCCCUCUGCGGGCUGUAACUGAGGACCACAUCAGGAUGCACCAGGUUUUGAAGGAUUCUGGCCUGGAUUAUGUCGCUGUGCUCCCUCCACACAUUGCAGCGGACAAACCUUUAACUGGAAAUUACACAGUGACUGUGGAAGCCCGCGGGGGUAACGUCAUUUCAACGCAUGACCUGAGUAAUUUCUUCCUCCGCUGCCUGACGACAUCUGAAUAUGAUGGGAAAAGCGUCACCGUUUCUCAGAACUACUCUUCCUAAUUAACACUAUGCAUUUGAUUUUGGAGGUUGAGCAGGAGGGAAUUGUUGCCAUUUGUAGCAGAUUAGGAAUACCACCAUAAAAUAAAUAAUAUAUAUUUUAGUUAUCA